CAGUAUAUUGGGUAGGCACGUGGCCUUGGGAAUAGUCAAAAACCCAAUCGCCACUAGCCGCAGAAAUCGCCCAAAUUAAAAACCCAAUCGCCACUAUUCAGAUCUCAACCGCCCACUCAAAAUUCUUCAUCGUCUUCUUCGCGAAAAAAUCUCAAGAAAUCGCAAGAACCCUAGGCCUUUCUUUCUCAAAUUUUUACCUAAAUUUCUGAGAAAAUGAAGGUUGUCGGAGCAAAUGUUCAUUUCCAGAAGUUAGAGGCCAAGUGCUCUUCAUCGACAUUCUUUCAAAGCUAUAUGGAGAUGAUAGCCGCUCAAGAACUCUCCGAAUUUCUUCAAAUGGAGAUUCGCCUCAAAUUCGAGGAAGAAGUUCUUGAAUUCUAUAGGAAUGGAGAAGUCAAAACUGCUAAAUCAAAGAAGGACCCACAGAGGACGUUUCCAGUCAUCAAAUCAACUGUGGGAGGAAUCAAAGUGAAGCUUUCGCAGAAGAAAUUGGGAGAAAAGCUUCACCUCCCCAAUUCUGGAGUUGAAGUUGGAAAACUUCCAGUCAAAAAUCUGGACUGGAAGGUCAUUGGAAUUUCUGGGCAAGUUUCUUCUGGCCCAGCGAAGAAAGCAGAUCUAAACAACGAUUACAAGUUGAUUUUAGAACUAGUCAUCGCCUGUCUCGAAUGUGGAAGUGGAGGUCACGCCGAUGACAUCACCCAGGAGAGAGCCUUCAUCAUCAACGCUCUCAUUACCAAAACUAAGGUAAACUGGGCUGCACACUUCUUCAAAUCAAUUUCAAGACAUCUGGGAAAGCACAACCAGAAUUAUCUUUGCCAAGGUCUGUAUGUUGGACACAUUUUGGAGUCUAUGGGUGCUGCUUCUAAAGAGAAGAAGUAUGAAACCAGAUAUUGGCUGUACUACCUAUCUUCCAAAGGAGAAAACAGAGCUGGCACUAGUGCCACUGCAGAAGAAAGCUCAUCAGAUAAUGUCCCACUCAUCCACAUGGCAAAAACUGCCAAAAGAAAGCAAGUGGUGUCCCACUCUCCAAGCAUUGAAGCACCACAAAACCUUGCCUUGGUAUGUUUGGAAGAAGAAGAAGAAGUCUCUGACCAUGGAGAACUUCAAAGGAAGAAGAAGAGGAAAAUCAACUCUCCAUCAACAUCUGGAAAUGUCAAUCCGGAUGAGUUGAAGGAGAAGGAAAUUGCUGAGGAAACCUCUGUUCAAAACCGGAGCCCUCAACAGUUUGAAGAAGAAACUCAUCAAGUCCCAAGCCUUCCAACCUCAUCUUCUCAGCCUCAUACAGAUGAUGCUGACAACAAAUUCUGGCAGCUCUACUAUAAUUGGAGAGCUUGGAAAGUUGGAAAUUCAGAAGAGCAACUGUUGGAUUGGGACCAACAGCUGAAGAAUGAGAAGAUUAUCAAGAAGUGCUUAGGUAUUCCAGUCAACCACAACUGUGAAGAUAUUUUGAAUGAUUACUGG